AUGGCCCCCGUGGAAACACAGCAGUAUGAUUACAUUGUCCUUGGCGGUGGUAGCGGUGGCAGUGGAAGCGCUCGCCGUGCAGCCGGUUGGUAUGGUAAAAAGACCUUGAUUGUGGAAAGUGGACGGUCAGGAGGUACCUGUGUCAACGUUGGUUGUGUGCCUAAGAAAAUGACCUGGAACUUCGCAACCAUUAACGAGAUGCUGCAUGUUGGCAAGAGCUAUGGCUAUGACAUUCCUGAUAACAUCGCUAUGGACUACACCCACUUCAAGAACACCCGUGACGCCGUUAUUAAGCGGCUCAAUGGCGCAUACGAGCGCAACUGGAACCGGGAAGGAAUUGAUCUCGUGCAGGGUCGUGCAGGCUUCGUUGAGCCUCAAACCAUUGAGGUCAAGCUAGCCGACGGCUCCGGUUCUGCCCGCUACACUGCGCCGCACAUCCUCUUGGCCACCGGCGGCCGGCCCAACAUCCCCUCCGUGCCCGGUGCCGAGCACGGUAUCACUAGCGACGGAUUCUUUGAGAUGGAGGAUCUUCCCCCGAAGGUUGCAGUCGUGGGUGCUGGCUACAUUGCUGUCGAGCUUGCUGGCGUCAUGAACGCUGUCAAUGUCGAGACCCACAUGUUCAUUCGCGGGGAAACCUUCCUCCGCAAGUUUGACCCUAUGAUCCAGAAGACCAUGACCGAUCGGUAUGAGGCUUCCGGUGUCAAGCUUCACCGUAACCACUCCGGAUUCAAGGAAGUGCAACUCAUCCGUGACGGCAAAGGCAAGGAUAAAUUGCUCAAGCUCAUUGGCCAUGACGGCUCUGAGCUUGAGGUGAACGAGCUGCUCUGGGCCGUGGGUCGUGCCCCCGAGGUCGAGGACCUGAACCUCAAUAUCCCCGGAGUCAAGCUGAAUGCCGGCGGUCACGUUGUGGUUGACGAGUACCAGAACACCUCGGUCGAAGGUGUCUAUGCUCUUGGUGACGUGACAGGUCAAGCCGAGCUGACCCCAGUCGCCAUCGCCGCCGGUCGUCAACUCGGCAGCCGUCUGUUCGGUCCCCCGGAGCUCAAGUCAUCCAAGCUUUCAUACGAGAACAUCCCUACGGUCGUCUUCUCCCACCCCGAAGUCGGCUGUGUUGGUCUCACGGAGCCCGAGGCCCGCGAGCGCUACGGUGAUGACAAGAUCAAGAUCUACCACACCAAGUUCACGGCCAUGUUCUACGACGUCAUGCCCGCCGAGGAGAAGGCUAAGAAUCCGACUGAGAUGAAGAUAAUCUGCGCCGGUCCCCAGGAGAAGGUUGUCGGUCUCCACAUCUUGGGCCUCGGUGUCGGUGAGAUGCUUCAGGGCUUCGGUGUCGCUGUCAAGAUGGGCGCCACAAAGCAGGACUUUGAUAGCUGUGUUGCUAUCCACCCUACUAGCGCCGAGGAGCUGGUGACGAUGCGGUGA